CCCCUUCUCAUUUCCAACUUCUUCACACAAAAAAUGUCACCAACUACAAAAAUUUUCUCUCUCCUGAAACCCUCAAUAUUCCUCCGUUCCCAACACUCCCUUCUCUCUCCAUUUCACAUCCCCAAUCUCUCUCCUUCCCCUUUGCUCCGGUUCCACCGCUACAGUUCUUCUUCCGCUUCUGUACUUCAUACUGAUACUACUAAUACUACUCUCACCACCGGUACCACAGAAGAUAUUUUUAUUCACCACCCCUGGCCUGAAUGGGUUCGUUUUGUUGAUCGCUUGAGUAGCAAAGGCUACCUUAAAGAGAGUUCUUUGGCUCCGGCGGUGACGGUGGCCGAUGAUGGCGGUGACAUUAGAGAAACCCGUGGCGGUAUUGACGGUGAUGGAGUUGAGUAUAAGGAUAUAAACUUGUUGAAGGACGGUUGUCUUAGUUUCGCCCGUGACCGGUUCGACAUUUUCAAAUCAUUGUCUAAGGAAGAUAUUCAGAGAGUUGUAGAAAAGGGAUGUCCCAAUCUCUUCCGGAAAGCUGUUAAUUCGGCGAAGAGGUUGAGGGCAUACUUACAUCUCGAUGAAGGAGAUGUAUGUAGUGCUUGCAAUCUGCGAGGAUCAUGUGAUAGAGCCUACGUAAUACUAAAGGAAACUGAAGCAUCUGCUCGCACAGUGGAUAUUGUUCGUAUCCUGUUGCUCUAUGCGCUAGAUCCACUUGUCAUUUCGGGAGCAGAGAAUCCUUCUAGUAGAGGGGCUAUUGAAGCAUCCGCAAGAAAAUUGAUCCUUGAGUUGAUUGAACUGAGCGAGACUUCCCCUGACCCAGAACUCCCAAAGCCUGCUGUGAAAGCUAGUCAAAUAAAAGAAAAAUCUUUGGAUUCACUGGUAGACGAUUUCUCAAGAGAUGCUGAAAUGAAGAGAGGAGACUGGAUGUGUCUUAAGUGCAAUUUCAUGAACUUCUCUAGAAAUAUAAAAUGUCGUAAAUGCGGAGAUGGUGGACCUAGAAGAGUUGGUGGGGAUGAUGUUGAAAUGAAGAAAGGAGAUUGGGUUUGCCAUGAAUGCAGUUUUAUGAAUUUUGCUAGAAAUGUACGAUGUCUCAAAUGCAAAGCAGAGGGGCCUAAGAGGGUUAGUGCUGAUAAUGUUGAAAUGAAGAAAGGAGAUUGGAACUGCUCACAGUGUGGGUUCAUGAAUUUUGCAAGCAACACCAAGUGUCUGCGCUGUCGAGGGCCACGUCCCAAGAGGCAAUUGAAUCCCGGAGAGUGGGAAUGCCCGUCGUGUGAUUUCCUUAAUUUCAAAGGGAACAUGGUAUGCCGCAAAUGCAAUUGUGAACGCCUCAAAGACGUGCGAUCAGAGGAUGAAGAUCAGCCAUGGAGGAGGCCUUUUUAAGCAGCUUUUUUGGCGAGCUUAUAAGCGCUAAUCUCUGGUUUUGGAGAUUGAUCAUCAAAUAGUCAUAUUUUUCACCAAAUAUACCCGACACACACGACUUGGGGCUUCUAGUUUGGCUGGUGGUAUGCAAACAAAGAGAAGAUAGACAAGGUGGAAAAGUUUUCCUUUCCUUUUAUAAGUUAGAUGGUUGAGAUGAAUCUAUGGGGGCUUUCUUUACUAUGUAGUUCUUGGUUUACAUAACCUUUGAUUUUAUUCUUUGUAAGUAUUUAAUGCUUAUCCUAAGAUGAAAACCAAAAGAAUUCCU